AUGUGUGAAAAGAAGCCGAUUUCUGAUGCCAACCAAUCUCAGUCCUGCAUACAGCGUCGGGGGUUUUCAGACAAUGGGAUUGUACAGACCACAACCAUCUCCCUGAUGACCUCUUUUACCCCAAAGCGAGCCUGCGAUCAAUGUCACAGGUUGAAGGAGAAGUGCCGACGUUCGGAUUCAACGGCACCAUGCGAGAGGUGUCACCGACUACAACAAAAUUGUCGCACCGCUCGCAGUCUCGGCAAAGCCGGCCGAAGACGACGAGCUACAGACAGAUUGUCCUAUGAACUUCCCACUUCACGACUCAGUCUUCCAGCCCAAAGUCUGGCUGCGGUCAACUCAGCGAGGUUCCCACCGGCAUAUCCCCAGCUCGGCCAGCCCUUCUUUAACCAGGGGCUCGGGAGCAACCCGGCACUUUUCCCGGAGAUAGAUCAAUGGGAAGGCCACUUUCUCAACCUGAUGAAAGAAAUCGCUGCACCAUCCCCACUUGACAAAUAUCUGAUCGGACCCAGUUUCCAUGAAUCACACCACCGUUCCUUUGUACAAAACAUGCUACGACCAACCCGCACUCUCAAGAACGCCGCAGUCGCCUGUGCUGCAGUGCUAAUCGGCGACCACACGAGCCUUGAGGUUGGGCACCAGAGAGCAGCACUGGCUGUCUCGGAACUACGGUCACUGGAGAUAUCAGACAAGCAGGAUCUGCUAACAGCGCUGGUCCUUGGUGUAGCGAUGAUCACAUUCGCUAUGCAUGUAGCCAAUGGACAGCCAUUCCUCAUAGCGCACCACACCCUUGCUCUUCUGAAGCCGGUUUAUCCUUCUCUUUUAACCAUGGAACCGGAUGUGAUGGAUUACUUGAUGUGCCUUGUCAGUACAGAAACUUUUGAAUGUCUCCUUACAUCGGAAAUACCAACGCUGCGAGUCAAUGAGAAUGAUCGUUUGAACGUGAUUGAUCGAUAUCUUGGGCUCACCUCCUCCCUCUUCGCCCACUUUUACGACAUCUGCAAAGUCAAUCAUCUGCUUCGACGUACUGGCGGCUCCAUGGAUGUACAAACUGCUCAGCAGGUGCACAAGGUGCAGGAAUCCCUGGCCCGAUGGAAAGCAUCACCACCGCCGCAAUUCCUCGAACGUUUCACCCCGGGCGAGGUUGUUACAAUGCUCGCCCAGGCCAAGGUUCUUCAUUUGACUGCCCUGCUUAUCAUUCAUCGGCUUCAACAUCCAUUUGGAGAAUCCGAUACAGAGGCCAUUCUUCUAUCAAAAGCUAUCAUUGCGGAAUUUGAUACAGUGCUGCACUUCACGGGCCAUUCAAUACCAUGCACAUCACUCGCCUAUCUGACAGCGUGCUUUGAGAUCACUGACGCCGAGGCGCGAUCAGUAGCGCUUGAUAAAAUCCACAUAGUCGUGACCUUCUCCAAACAGUCGCGGAUCCGAUUUCAG